AUGGCGAUGGUGAGCGGCGGCGUCGCGUCCCGGGCGCUCCUCCGCGUGCUGGGCAGGCGGCGCUGCCUCCACAUUUCGGCGCUCGCAUUGUCCACACCGCGCGGCACCGACAGAGGAUUCGUUCUCUCUCGCGGUGAGUUCACAGCAUUGGCGCCCGCGGCAAGGCGAUCGGGAUGGACGGGUCUGUCCAUUCCAGGUUCGCGUCUCUAUUCCAGGUUGAUCUCCCCGCUCGUGAAGCCGCAAGAGUAUGAUGUGGAUGCCUGGAGCGACACUCCUUAUCUCGAGUACAUUGUGGGAUUGGAGCCGGAGGGAUCCACUCCGGCCACUUCCACUGGCGGAUCGACGCUGGCGGGAGUCAGGGGUGACAAGAGGCCGCAUCCCGGCUACGCAGCGCGGCUCAUCCGGCUCAGGAUCGAGAAUGGUGCCGCUGUCAAGGCGAGAGAGGCCAUCCUCGACGAGAAGAGCUACAUGAGAGACUUUGGAAGGUUUUGGAUUCCAAUGGUGGCCGAUCUCAUGGGAGGACCGCAUCACCACCACAGUCUGGAGAUCUUCACUUGGAUGAAAGACCAUCCUACUGUUCUAAAAUCCGCGAGGGUCAUGGAGCUCGACCGGCUCUACUCGAUGAUGAUCUCCUACGCCGGCGUGGUCGGGCACACAAUGCUGGCUCGGAGCUGGUUUGACGACAUGUUCGAGAAGGGAAUGAGGAAAUCCAGCCAGUGCUGUAACGCGCUCAUCAUCGCCUACGCCAAGGACAACGACCUCGACAGCGCCAUGCAAAUCCUCCACGGCAUGAAGCAGUUCUCCCGCGAGUGCUCGCCAAACGCCAUGACGUACCACAUCCUCAUCGCCAUGUUUGCGCGCUACCACCACUGGCAAGGCCUCGAGGCCAUGGUGAGGGAGUGCCGGGAUGCCGGGCUCUCGCCCGACGCCAUAACUUUCAACACGCUCUUGCACGCCUACGCGAAAAUGGGACGCAUGGACAGGUUCGAGAGCACGUUCCAGGAGAUGGAGCGGGUUUGCAGGAAAGGUGACGAGCCUUUCAAGCGAAGCCCGGAGACCUUCGCCGCGCUGCUCAUCGGCUAUUCUCGCCUGGACGCGCUGGGCAGGUUCCACCAGGUUCUCAGCGAGAUGCGAGAGGAAAGCUCCCAGCUGCCGCAGAACAUCGCGGUUCCGGCGGUGGAGGAGGCCGCCAAGGCUCACAGCAGGACUGCGACCGUGGAAGGGAUAGAGAAGCUGAUCGAGUUUGUGGAGACAACUCCAGAGAUCGCAUCGACGUCGGCGUUCCAGAGCUAUGUCGUUGAGUCGUAUGCGCAAUGCGGCCGGCUCGAGGAGAUCGAGAACUACUUGGGAGGAGUGAUCGACCGCAAGGAUGGCAGCUUUGUGGAGGACCCAGCGUUUGAGUCCAUGGUGGGAGCUUUUGGCCGGAGAGGCGUGGAACAGCCCGAGAGCAAAGCGGUGGAGAGGGUGUACACGAUCUACGCGAAGUGUAGAGAGGCGGGUAUGGAGCUAAGUUUGCAUUGCUACGAGAGUGUCGUGUCGGAGAUGGCCAGGGCAGGGAGUUACGAGAGGAUGGAGGAGGUGGCCGCGGACAUGGAGGCGGCAGGGGCAAAAUGGCCGGCCAAAACGCUACGAGCUCUUCUGGAUGCGUACCAGAGAUCUGGGAAUGGCGCAAAGGUGGCGGAGAUGUCCGAGAGGCUGAAAGAUGUAUCGCAAGAAGCGGAGAUGCCAGACACCAAGGUUGCGGCUGCUUGCUGAGUAAUGAUUGUAGUCCAUGUAUUUUAGAGAUGGUAUACAAGCUUUCAACUAUCAUGGCGUCCAAAUCGUCUGUUUCCUCCCUGAAACUCCACCAGAGCUCUCACGUAAGCUUCCUCUCGGAAAUCGGGCCAUAACUUUCUGUCAAACACCAAUUCUGUGAAGAUGAAGUUGUUCACUAUGAAGUUGCUCAA